AUGGCACCCCAAAAUCCACCGGCGAAGCCAGCGUCGAAGCUGCUAGUCACGGGCGUCGUUGUCUUCUACCUCGUUGCAGCGUUGUCGAUGGUUAUGGCUAACAAAUGGGUUCUGAAUACGACCACAACACCUCUAUUCUUUCUAUGGGCACAGCUUGCCAUUGCGGCGGGCCUCUUCAUAAUUUCCGACGCGAUGCGCCUGCUGCCAGACAGGCUGACAUUCGACCUGGCGACAUGCAAGGGUCUCAUUCCUAUGGUUGGCUUGAACGUCUUUGGUCUAAGCUUCAGCAACUACACUCUUAAAUACGUCGAUGCCUCGUUCUACCAGGUUGCCCGCGGGCUUGUGCUUCCGUUCACCGUCUGCACAUCGUUCAUCUUCCUGCAUGCACGCCCUUCCCUGCGUAUCCUCCUUUGCUGCGCCGUCGUCACCAUGGGUUUCUUCAUCGGCGUCUUCCUCGACGGCACACCCAUCUCGCUUGUUGGUGUCUUCUUCGGUGUCGCCUCCUCCGCCAUUACCGCUGUCCACUCUGUCGUCAUCAAGCAGAGCCUACAGGUCGUAGGUGGCAGUGCUCUGUCGCUGUCCUGGUACACGAACCUCCUGAGCGCCGCUGUCAUCCUUCCCCUGCUCAUCCUCGCAGGUGAAGGCCCGGAUGUGUUGAAGCUCCUGUUUGGCAUCGACGAGCUCCUGGUGAAAGCAGGCACCAUGUCCCCGUUGAGGACGUUCCUCUGGGGUUCAAUGAUCACGGGUAUCCUGGGCUUCAUGAUGAGCAUUGCAAGCUUGCUGUCCAUCAAGGUCACUUCACCGAUUACGCACAUGGUAUCGUCUGCGGUGCGCGGUGUUGCUGCGUCUCUCCUCGGGAUGUGGCUCUUCCAUGAUAUCAUCACGACUGGCCGAGCGUCGUCUAUCGCCACCAUCCUCUUCGGGUCGAUCCUCUACACUUGGGUCAAGCAUCGAGAGUCGCAGCCCGCUUCAAAAGACAAGGACACGACCUCGACACGCCAUGGCUUGUACGAGCGCGUCAAGAUGGACGACAUGGAGAAGGGCGAGCACCCGAAGUAA